CAUGCACAUUGUCAAUUUUAUGUGUCAAAUGAAUGAUAACCUUCAACUUCUUUUCAAUCUUUAUUCAUUCAAUUUUUUUAUAAUUUUAAUUCAAUUCAUUCUAAUCAUUUCUCCAUCACUCAUUUCAUUUGGUGUUUUGUGUUGAGCUGUUGAAGGAGCUUGAAAUAAAACGUUUUUGUUGUAAGUCUACGGACUUUUGAGAUGAACAAGUUAGAAAAUACUUUAAAAAAUCUGGAUAUUAACGAAAGUGGAAGUGAUUACUUAGUUUACCAAUAUAUUUCAGUAUUUAAGAACCCCAGUAACUUGCCAAUCAAUCAGAUUCAUUUGGAGAAAAUUUGGUAUGAGUUAAAGGGAGAAUUUCCAGAAGAUGUAGAUAUUUUGGAACUUACCGAAGAUGUACUUAAGAAAUUCUAUGACAAAAAAAGUGAAAUUAUACCAGCUCUAGAUAAGAGAUGGUUGCCCAAAUUAAUGUUCUUUAAUUUUGAGCCCUAUAUUUUCUCUCUUUCAAAAGAAGAAAAUGUAGAUUUUUUAACUAAAAAUAUGGCUUUCUUUGACAGUUUGGAAUAUUUACUAAAAUGUAAUUACCAUCAAUUUUGGUGUACAAUUUUUUUCGAACCUUCAGCUGCAGUAUCAUUAAGAAGUUUUAUUUUAAAUCCCAUCCCCCCUUAUCAAAUGAUACAUUUAGAAGAAGAAUAUGCGAAUUUGUAUCACUCAGUAUUUAGAAUGUUUCUUCUUGUAUAUCAAAGACUGAUUACUUUUAAAGUGUCUGAAAGUGAACAUAUGCCCAAAGACGUUGGUUAUGAUCAAUUAAUUAAAAAGAAACUAAUAAAUUUACCUAUCGUGAACACAUUAACUUUACUUUAUAAGGAUACAAAUAUAGAUUUCAUUAACGAUUUAACAUCUUUAUAUUUUGACAAUACAACCCAGUUAGAUUUUCAAUUUAAAGAAAUUGAAGAGAUGGUUAGUCAAACAUUACUGAUUCUAGAAAUGAUAGGGGGACAUUUAUGUGGCUUCGAUAAAGAUGCAGUUAUAGUACCUAUAGCGAUAAGUCCUAAACCGCCAGUAUUUAAUUUAUCUUGGAUUUAUUCAGUUGUCAAUUAUUUACUACAUACUAUGGCCCUAUUAAACACACUUUUACUAUUUUAUAAACCUGCUAUAGAAAUAUGUAUAGAAAAAGACUUACCUUUUAGACUACCUUUCGCUUAUGUUAAUAUUUAUCGUGAACUGUAUGAAUUGAUGGAAAACAGAGAGGAACUACAGUUGCAACAAAACCUCACCGAACGUAUAUUUGAUGAAAUAAAUUUUGGUCGUUCUGAAUUCAUUGAUGUAUAUCAUACGUUCGUGUCUUAUUGUUUGGACAAAACUCUCGAAUGCAUGGGCGAUGAUAAAAAGCAAGAACAUUUAGUUGAGUUAUACUUGAAAUUGUUAACUACCGCCCUUGAAGAUGAUUACUUUAUAUGUGAUUACAAUUUGAAAUAUAAUGUUGCUAGCCAAAAUGAAAUGUUUGAAAGUUGCACAGCGUUAGAUGCAACUCGGACUGAAUUCAUAACUUCUUGCAUAAACAAACUUCCGAGGCAAAAGAAGUUACAACAGUUAUCUUUACUAAAAAAACAAACUAUCGAAGAUGUUUUCAAGCGAUUCAAACCUCCGGAAUUGGAAAAAGAAGAAGAGCCGGUUACAGAAUCGUUUAAUCAACCUGCACAGCUAGAUCAGAAUAAAGUUGAAAAGAAAAUCAGAGACAUUGUCGAAUUGUUUCCACAUUUAGGAGAUGAAUUUGUUUUAAAAUGCCUUGAAGCGUACAACUAUAACGACAGUGACGUUAUUCUUGCUAUUUGCGAAGAAAACUUACCUCCUCAUUUGUAUGAAAUUCCAUUUGAUUCUAUUAGGAUUCCACCCGAACCAGAACCAGAAAAACCCGUGUUGGCCUAUCAUGGCAAGAAACCUGAUUACGAUGACGCCCUCAAAUUGCUUAACAAUAAGAAAGACAUCAAAGAAUUGAAGUCGUUCAUCUUAGAAGGAGUGCAAUAUUCUAAUGAUUACCUGUAUGAUGAUGAAUAUGACGAUCGAGACGAUGACAAUAUGCCUAUAAAUGUAGCAGAUAAUCCGGUUGAAAAAGAAGUAAUAACCUAUAAUCCCAACUACAAAGAAGUUGCUAACGAUUCAAGUGAAUCUGAAGAAGAUGAGUAUGUUAAAACAAAUGGAGGCCCUGGUACUAGUAGUGAUAGGAAUAGAAUGAACUUCUGCGAAGACCCGGCUCUAAUUCGGGAACGACGUGAGGCCAAAUUUAGAACGCAGCAUCGACCUUCUAACCAAAACGCGCAACCUAAAUCAAACGUUGUCGGUAAACCAAAAGGACAAGGACAAGAAAAGGAUGUCCUUAAAGCGAGAGAUAAGAAAAGUGUUAAUAAAUCAUCCAGGGCUAAUCACAGCAGAAAAAGUGGUGCUCAGUUUAAACGAAAUAGGGGCAUGAUUCCGAUGUGAUGUGAUUUUUAGUCUGAAACAUGGCUGACGAAUUCAAAGGGCGUAGAUAUGUUCCUAGGAGGGAGACUAUUACAAACGUAAUAACUUGGAAUUUAGAAUGUGUUUAACAUCACACUUUGGUAUUUUAAUUACUUAUUACAAAAUUUAGUAAAGAACUAAUUCUUAUCAAGAAACCAAUGUCCAAAAAUGUUUAAUUUUAGAAAGGGCAGGUGCGUGUUUGCAACGCAUGAAAAAACUAGCUUAAUACAAAAUUUAUUAUUUAACCAACAAUUUGGUUUUUUAUUUUGGCAAGAACAUGACAUGAGAUUACUCCUAUCCUAUAUAUCUACUCUCUUAUUGGUUCAAAACGAGA